AUGGACUUCUCUCAGUCCUUCUCUGCGCUCAACGAGCAGCUGAGACCUCGGAUCACCACCAGUCAGCAGCUCUACUCCUCUCUGAACAGACUGGAAGACAAACAGUGGGGCUCACUGAGGAAUCAGCCUUCUUCCUAUCGAUCUACAAUUCUGCCAACAGAACCAAAAAUCUCUGUGACUGCAGCAGAGCCAGAAGAUGCAGGGGAACCAGGAGAGGCUGCAGAUCGAGAGGAUUCAGACUCUGAUGUGGGGGAUCAGGGGACGCCUGACAAGGACAGCCUCUCCUCAUCGUCCGAGGAAAAGGACAUCUCAGGUGUGCUGACCUCAAAGGAGACAGGCGAGUCCACAGAGUCUGUAGUUGGGGAGAGUGGGGGCAACCAGGCAAACUUCCUUGAUGGGACAUUACCAGACCUGAUCAGGAGUGGGAGGCCACUCGGCAGACGCCGGACGCUGGGACCCGUCUCAGACACGGUAAGAUGAUUGUUUUUAAAUUUAUGUGCGUGCUCUAUGUGCUUUAAAUUAGGGAGAGGUUGUUAGUGAAGUGGAUGAGUGAGGAUUUACUCCAUGCAGGCUUGUCAAACACCAAAACCAGUUUAACUGGACUGAGACUGUCCUAACCGUCAUUAAGGAGGAUCCAAAACAGCACAAUGAUAGAUUGAUAACACAGUUUACGUAAUACACAGAAACGAUAAUCAGAACAAACACUUUUUUGAGCUGUAGUUUCACAUGAAGACGCUCUACCUCAUGAUGGCAGAGCUUGAUUUAUGAGUAUGAGUGUAAAAACAGAAAAAAUGUUUAAAAAAUGUCCUCCUCCAUCUUCUAUGGCGGAAGCUUUAAGUUAUCACAUGAAGUUGUGAGUAUGUUUCCAAGAAUGCCAGAGUACAUGCAUAUUUUUAGUGUUUGUAUGUGUUGUAAUACACCUCAGCCGGUACGACUGGAUUUCUCGUCGACAGUUUCACUCAGGAAUCCAGAUUAGCAGUUUCUGUUUACAUUCUGUUAAAAUGUCAUGAGGUGGUACAUUCUGCGUGUGGGCCUGCAAUUAUCUGCUCAGCAAAAAAAAGCUUUGGCAUGUUUUGUUAAUAUGUACCUCUGUGAUAUUGUUGGCAGCUGAAAGAGGUGCGCAGAGAAGUGGAGCUGUCCCGGAGACGAAGCAUCAAGCUAAAAGCUCAGGUGGACAAACUUCAGGAGGGCAGAGAUGGACCUGGAUGGAGUCAACACAGAGAGCGGGUAAAGGUCACACACAGCACCAGGACAAAGGACACGACUGCAGAAGUGUGCAAGUUUAUUAUAAUGACUCACUUUAAUUAAAUAACUGUUACAGGUCACAGAGGAGGUUCUGUCUGUGUUGAGGCUGCUGCACCCACUGACAGAGUCAGAGUCUAACCUGCCUGAGCCUUCGAAUGGGGAGAACCGGCUGGACCAUGCCCUCGUCCAGCUGCAGAGUGUGGCCCGCAAAUUGGCGAUUAGUCAGACCAAUCAGGUAAAGACAACACCUGCAUUCACCCAAAUACAGCUCUUCAUCCUCCUCACACCCCUGCACUCUCAAACAAAACUGAUUUCAGAUGACCUGCUUUCAAAAUAAAAGUAGAGAGAAAGAUAGACAACAAGAUAUGAGUCCAGAUUGUUGUUCUAGUCACUCUCAGAACAUUUUUUCUAGGUAGGUAAACAGAGUCCUAUUAAUAGAUACAUUCACCUGUUAUAAAGGACUAAAAAUAGUUGGCAAUGCAGAGGACAAUUUGUAUUGUCAACAAAGUAUUUGAAUUCAAGAAUCCUUACAGCCCUGAGGCCUGUACUCAGAAGAGGAACUCGUGCAAGAGGAACCCGUGUCCUCCUUCGCACAUACUGUAUCGUCGCUAUUGUUUCCAUGAAAAGAUCAUUAAAUCCUCUGCCUGGGUGUCAAAGCAGAACUAUGUGGCCUGACAAGAUACUAAUCGGAGGACACCCAUGAUGCGUCUCUCUCUGGUAUUUGCAAGAAGGUCUCAAGGUGCACAACUCACAGUGAGAGUAGAUUAGGAUCUUAGUUAAAAGAUAGGUUAAAGAAAGGGGAGACUUCAAGUUUAAGUUGGAUAAUAAGAAUUGUGCGAAAAUUUGACUUUCCUCUCUUUGUUCUUUUAACAGUCCAACAGCAGAAAAGGCAAUUCAGAGGACAGUGCUAUUCUACAGCAGGCUCUGCGGGACCGAGAUGAGGCCAUAGAGAAGUAAGCACACAAACACCGUCCCCUCCCCAUAAAUAACCAAUGAGUCAAAAUUUGAGGAAGAGAAGGAAAGCCGAGAGACAUGGCUCUAUCUCGAGUUAUGUGUCAUUCCUUCUGCUUCUGCUGUGCAGGAAAAAGGCCAUGGAGGAAGAGCUGCUGCGGAGCAAAACAGAGAUGAUGCUGCUGAAUAACCAGGUGCUGGAAGCUGUACAGAAACGUCUGGAGAUGUCUCUGGAGUUGGAGGCCUGGAAGGUAAACCUCGAGGACCUUUUUUGGUUUAACACAGGGAGAAAAAAAGUGAAGAGAGUCAACAGGACGGUUUCACCAAACGAGUAAACAUGAUAAUUAAGCAUAUGAGGCCACAUUAAACAGUGAGGAACAAUGAGAGAAAUAAGACGUACACACCCACUGUAAAUCAAAUCACACAGCACAUCUCACGUGUGUAUUUUAUGUGCUCUCAGAGCCAAGAUACAAUUAAAAUUUACAGAUUACAUUCUUCACAAGUGCGGCUCGCAGGCGUCACCGCCAGCUGGUGUGGCGCUUCAUUGUUUUGACCUAAAUAAUCAUCUGCUUAAUGCCUAACUCCCUGCUGAGUUAAACAAAAUAUCACAGCACAGAUUAAACGACCUUAUAUGAGGACUUGUGUGUGUGUGGUAUGUAGCUGUAAAUUAUUCAGAGAUACAUAUUCAAAACUGUACUAUCUGCCUUUAAUAACAAUUAUUUUUUUAUUUUUUAAGCCUCUGAUGAACCACAGAUAGAAUAUUUUUCUCACUUAAUGACCGAUUUUUCUUUCAUUAGAGUUUUGUCACUCAUACUUGAGGCUCAGAGAGCAGCCACUAAAACAAAAAUACAACAUAAAUCAAACACUCACCAGUUGAAAAUCGGACUUUAUCUCCAUCCUUCAUGUCUAGCAGAUUUGUCACAGUCAGUAUUUGUGGUGUCAUGACAGCCUGUUUGUCUUCCUUUUCUCAGGAGGAUGUUCAGCUGAUGCUCCACCAGCAGCUGCAGCUUCAGCAGCAGGCAGAGCAAGCCCAGAAGAAACCCUCUCGUCUGGGUAUCCUCAGGAGGAACAACAAGCCCAUGCAGCGGCCCUCCAACUUCCCUGUGGCCGCACCUGCACCUCCCGUCACCAAUCCCAACCAAAUCUACGUUUCCAAAUCUGCUGCUUCGACUCCCAGCACAUCUCCCACCCAACGCACUUGGAGGGACAAGCUGAGGAGGGGCAAGAGCAGCCGUCCAGCAAUCGACAUGGAUGCAUCAGGGCAUGAUUCAGAUUGUGGCAAGGGUGACGACUUUGAGGUAGUUUCACUGGAUUGA